GGAUCUGGAGAAAAAAAUAAUUAAAGUACAUCAAAUGCAGUAAGUGCACCACUCUCCUGGCAGCCUGGAGACCUGAGAUGUCCUUACUCCACAGACUAGGGGAUGAGACUGGCCAUGUUAGACCGUCUGUGACCUGCCACUGACUGGUCACACUCCCUCCACACUCAAUGAACUGCAUUCAAUAGCUACUGGCUAACUAUUAAUCAUCAAUUUAAAUAAAACUUCUUUACUAAUAUUUAGGGUUUUCCCUAAUUAUAUUUACUUGCACUAGUGAGAUAACUUCCUUGCCUAAGUAUCUAAUAUAUGCACUUGGAGGAGAUCCAAGAAACAAUCUGAUGGUGUGUAAUUACUAUAGACUAAGUUUUAAAAUUGAAUUUUAUAUACAGACAUUCUCGAGAUAUUACUUAUUAAUAACAAUUUAUAAUUCAUUCAUGUUAGUCAUUCCUAUUAAUCAUAGUUUAGUAAUAAAAAAUAUUAACACAAGUUCUAGGGAGUUACCUAGCUUACAUAGUGAAGAUUGCAAUCUGUAUAUAGGUAUGUAUAUAAAAAUCAAUGCAACUUUUCGUUGUAAUUUUAUAACUCAAGUAUGGGCUCAUCUAUCCUAACUAAAUGUUCAAGCUUUGUUCAUACUAUUUAUGUGAAGUUUGCACAAAAUCGGUUGAGCGGUUCUUCAUUUAUCAUAUUUUUUGUAACAAAUGAAUUCAAUAAAUGGUGGAUCAUUUUGUUAAUGGGGAUUUUGCUAACAAAUUUGAACUUUUUUUCAGAAAUCUUCAAACAGGGUAACCCUAAGGGUAGGGUAGGGAAGAAGCGCAAGUCAAAACUAAGAUUGACCGGGUCCGCUAGUAUGAAAUAAAAUGAAGGAUGAAAAAAAAUUAUAUGCCUAUGGACUGUAUUGGACUUUAAGUUUUAAUAUAUUAUGUCUUAGACUAAAACUUAGGUAUACAACUGGACAGGAUAUAAACGACAUAAUUAUUUUCGACUCUUCGAAGGCUAUGUUUACCAGUCUAAUUAGUAUGUACUGGCACAUGAGGCCAACAAUUAGACCUCAGUGAUGGACACAUCAGUUUAUGUGUUGCUUACAUUUUAUUUUUUACCCCUAACAUCCACUUCAGCUUCGCGACUCGCUGAGCUAUAUCUGACUUUGGGUUCAGAACCGAUUUUCAUGAAACUUAAAUGGGAAUUGGUUGAAAUGACGAAGUUAUGAGGUACCUAACUAACCCGCCCCUAACAAACUCUCACCAUAUCCUAACGAAAUAAGUAAGCCCAUAUCAUGUUAACGGUAUCACCUGCGACCAAAUCUAAAAACCAGGAGCCAAGUGUAUGAAUCCUUUUAAAAGUUUCUGUUCUUCUUGCGCUGCGUAGUCGAUUAUGCAAACUUAUGCAAAUUGUUGACCUUUAACUACAACAAAAUAUGUAUGCGGGUCGGGACGCUCGACAGAAUGAGACAAGAGAAAGGGAAGCUAGACAGAAUGGCGCCGUAACGCAUUACGUUACGAAGCGGUUUACCCUUCCAUAUGAAGUUAUCACUUCAAAAGUCCGCGACAGACAUACGACAUCAUAAUUACGAGUAUGUAUAUGUAUUAUGUAUGUAGGUAGGUACCUAACUUACUAAUAUUAGGUACAGUGAUCUAAUAUUUUAUGGAAAUCAUAAUAUUUGUUCUAAAAUAUGUGUAUUUGCGAAGACGUUUUCAUAAACAUUUUGUAAAAAUUUAUCUGUACGCACAUUCAACGAAUCAUUACGUUCUAUGCACAAUACUCGGACUUCCGCAGACGAAGUCGUGGUCGUCGGCUUAUUUCUCAGACCAAUAAUUAAAUAAUAAUGAUUUGAAGCUAAUUUAUUAUAAUAACGCAUCCAGCGCCGGCCCGAAGUAAAUUUUAGAAUAGAGCGAGAUCCAAUUAUUCUCCUGUUUGCUCUAGGAUCCUAAUAAUAAUUUUAUGUACCAAUUGUGAGUCCAACGUAAGUAUGGAACGCGAAGAUCUCGACCAUACUCUGCAGUCGACUAGUCAUACUCUCGGACACCGGAUUACGAAAUGAUGGCGCACUCAAAAUAAAGACAAUGAAAAAAAAAAUCCUUUUAUUGUUCUUUACCAUUUAGGCGCCCCCUAGGAUUUGGCGCCUGGAGCGCCUGCUCCGUUCGCCGUAACGACGGGCCGGCCUUGAACGCAUCUCCGAAUCAACCAGUAGGUAGCAAACGCCGCGCGGUUUCACCUGCAUGGUUCCCGUUCCCAUAGGAAUACGGGGAUAAAAUAAAGCCUAUAGCACUCAGCAACCCAUCAGGAUUAAUGUCAUUGUCGCUUGUCAAUGUCAAAUUGACAUUUUUUUCAAAACAAAGUUAUGACAUAAAUGUUAUCUAUAAUAUCUGUGGUGCGACUGUGCGUGUGCCGCUCGCUAACGCUGUUCGCUGAGUCCUAUUAAAAUUACAUUAUAAUUAUUGCCUCCUAAAAAUCUGAACUGAAGUUCAUAUUAUGAUUAUAUAGUGAGAAUACCAUCUAAACAGCGAUGGCAUCACAUUUGAGCACAAAAGACCGGCUACUUUCACUAAUAGACGACAUGGAACUCAUCGCUAAAGAGAUAAUCGAAGUGUCUAUAGCCCCCAAACCUCAGAAACUAUCGGCGGCAGAUCACGCACAACUCACUGAUUUGCUUCUAUCUAAAGACGCAGAACUGAAGAAAACCUUGGAUUUGGCUGACGAACAGGCCACAAUUCAACAGAAAAUGAACGAGCUAAAAGCUGAAGUAGACAACAAGGACCAAGAUAUUCACCAUUUGCAAAGACAGUUAAAAGAUGCAGAGCAGAUAUUAGCCACGUCACUGUAUCAAGCAAGACAGAAAUUGGCUUCAAUAGUCAAAUCUAGGAAGCGACCGGUAUCCUCUGAGGAGCUGAUUAAAUUUGCACACAGGAUAAGUGCAUCAAAUGCAGUAAGUGCACCGCUCUCCUGGCAGCCUGGAGACCCGAGACGUCCUUACCCCACAGACCUGGAGAUGAGACUGGGCAUGUUAGGCCGACUAUGUGACCUGCCACUGAAUGGUCACACUCCUUCCACACUCAAUGAACUGCAUCGGAUAACCACUGGCGGAGUGCCAGCAUCAGCAACGAACCAGUUCACUUGGCACCCGUCGGGCGAGCUGCACAUGUCAGUGGGCGGGGGCAACUCUGUGGCCAUAGACGGCCGCAGCAAGGACGCGCCCACGCAGGAAGACGUCGAGGUCAUGUCCACCGACUCCAGUUCCAGCUCGAGCAGUGACUCGCAGUAGUAAUGACUUGUGAUAAACUAGCGGACGUCCGUGACUUCGUCCGCCCUUAGACCUCUUUAAUCCAGCCCGUUUUUUUUUUUAAAAAGAACAUUUACGAUAUCUUUUAUAAUAUGAUCAAAGUCAAAGUCAAAGUUCAUUUAUUUCAAAUAGUCUUAGUUUACAAGCUCUUUCGAAACGUCAGAUAAUAAUAUUAAACUUAAGAUAAUGGUGAUAAUAAUCAUUCGAAAACUUAAAAUUAAAGUUACGAGGGUUCCAAACGCGCCUUGGUCCGAGAAGAGCCCACUACAAACUCAGUCGAGGUUUUUUUUAAUAUACCCAUUCCCCUCCAACCUCCGUGGGGUUAGGAUCAACCGAGGGGUGGGGAUUGAACCACCACCCCUUGGUGAAGAGUCCAACCGCUCUCACCGAUUAACUAUUGAGGCUCUGUAGGCUUGAGCCCUUACAGUAGUAUCAUUGUGAACAUGGAGUAACAUCUCCCGUUUUUCCAACGGGACAACUUCACUGUUCUGCUCCUAUUGAUCAUAGCGUGAUGAAAAGUAUACUAUAGCCUAACCUGCCCAGGAGAAUGUAGAAUAAUUGUACCAAGUUUAAUUAAAAUCCGUUGAGUAGUUUUUGUUUCUAUUACGAACAAACAGAUAUACAAACAGACAAAAAUUUUACUGAUUGCAUUUUUGGCAUCAGUAUUGAUCAUAAUCACCCCCUGAUAAUUAUUUUGGAAAUAUAUUACAUGUACAGAAUUUACCUCUUUAUAGAUUUAUUAUAAGUAUAGAUGUGGUUAAAUAAAACCGUAUAACAAUUAAACGUUCUGAAUCAAUCAGUGGAAACCAAUGAUGUUAAAAGAAAAAAGAGGUAGAUAGGUUAUACGCGGACCGCAAGUGGCACGUGAGAACUAUGCUAAUUAGCAAACUUUAGCACCGCACUUUACAAAUUUGGAUGACAAUACACGAUAUGUUAUAUAAUGUUAUUCUAAAUCCAAUAUGGCGGACCACCAAAGAUGGCGGAAUAGUUAUUUUUAAUGCAUUUCUACAAUAUGGGUGUCAAAUGAAAGGGCAUAUUAAGAGUAACAUGAAAAUAUGAAUAGAAAUUUUAACUAUCAAAUUAUCAUUCUAUACAAUUUAUAUGAUGUACGCUUGUCGCCCAAUUUGAAAAUAAACUAGUACCAAUUUAAUUAUGUAAAUUGAUCUGGUAACUUUAUUAUAUUGUCAAUUUCAAUUUAAUUAAGUGCUGAUAGGUAAUUAAACCUUUUGACAAGCUUUUAUUACCAUAUAAAAUGUAUAUAAUGUGGUUAAAAGUUGAGUUAAAAUUUUUAAAGAAAAAAAUAUUUUCUUCUUUUUAGACCGUUUAAAUAAAAUCUUUUAAAAAAGUUUUUUGCUUUUCAUUUAUUCAAUGUACAUACUCAUGCAUUGUACAGCUUUCUAAUAGUAAUAGUCUCUGCGCUAAACCGCGGACGGACAGACAGACUUACAUGGCGAAACUAUAAGGGUUCCUUGUGAGUUAUGGAACCCUAAAAAGGACUGGCUUAUAUUAACGAUUAAUGAGUAGACAGAUGAAUUUGUAACAGUUACAUUUUUUAUACUUAAAUAAAAAUAAUCAUGCGGUUAUUCUACUCUAAAUACGACUAUUACAUAGUAAGACUGCUUUAUGUUUAUCUUUUAAGUAUUGUAAAUAAAAUAAAUAUAAUAUUAGUUAAAAUAAAUAA